UCCCCCUCCUCCCCUCUCCGCACGCCGGGGCCGCCCGCCCGUCGCCGCGGGGGUCGGUGCGGCGGAGGCCGAUCUCGGGCCCCGCGCUGCCCCGAAAGCUCCAUGGUGCGGGAGGGGGGCAUGGCGCGCCCGCCCUACAGCUCAGCUCAGGACAUCCAGAUGGACGUCUUCGACAACGCAGCGCUCCAGGGCAAAUACAGCAAGCGCAAGAGCCGCUUCAAGCGCUCUGAUGGCAGCACCUCAUCUGACACCACCUCCAACAGCUUCGUCCGGCAGGGCUCAGCUGAGUCCUACACCAGCCGCCCCUCGGACUCGGAUGUGUCCCUGGAGGAGGACCGCGAGGCGCUGCGCAAAGAGGCUGAGCGCCAGGCGCUGGCACAGCUGGAGAAAGCCAAGACGAAGCCGGUGGCGUUUGCUGUCCGGACAAAUGUUGGCUACAACCCAUCGGCCAAUGAUGAUGUGCCUGUGCAGGGCAUGGCCAUCUGCUUCGAGCCCAAAGACUUCUUACACAUCAAGGAGAAGUACAACAAUGACUGGUGGAUUGGGCGGCUGGUGAAGGAAGGCUGCGAGGUCGGCUUCAUCCCCAGCCCUGUCAAACUGGAGAACAUGCGGCUGCUGCAGGAGCAGAAGAUGAGGCAGAACCGACUGAGCUCCAGCAAAUCAGGUGACAACUCCAGCUCCAGCCUUGGUGACGUGGUGACGGGGACACGCAGGCCCACCCCUCCGGCCAGUGGUGCCCUGGACACACAUAGCUUUGCCUUUGAGCCCGAUGAGUUAGAGGAGGAGGAGGCUGCGGAGACCCACUGCUCCCCUAAGAGUAGUGUGAGCAGUGUCACCACCCCCCCCGCCCACUCCAAGCGCAUCCCCUUCUUUAGGAAGGCUGAGCACGUGCCGCCCUACGAUGUGGUUCCCUCCAUGCGGCCCAUCAUUCUGGUGGGGCCAUCAUUGAAGGGCUACGAGGUGACAGAUAUGAUGCAGAAAGCACUGUUUGAUUUCUUGAAGCAUCGCUUUGAUGGCAGGAUCUCCAUCACGCGGGUGACGGCCGACAUCUCCCUCGCCAAGCGCUCUGUGCUGAACAACCCCAGCAAACACACCAUCAUCGAGCGCUCCAGCACACGCUCCAGCCUGGGUAAGGCGGCUGAGGUGCAGAGUGAGACGGAGCGCAUCUUUGAGCUGGCCCGGACCCUGCAGCUGGUGGCCUUGGAUGCUGACACCAUCAACCACCCGGCCCAGCUGGCCAAGACCUCCCUGGCACCCAUCAUCGUCUACAUCAAAAUCGCCUCCCCAAAGGUGCUGCAGCGGUUGGUGAAGUCUCGGGGCAAGUCCCAGGCCAAGCACCUCAACGUGCAGAUGGUGGCCUCCGACAAGCUGGCGCAGUGCCCGCCUGAGAUGUUUGACAUCGUGCUGGACGAGAACCAGCUGGAGGAGGCCUGCGAGCACCUGGCCGAGUACCUGGAGGCCUACUGGAAGGCGACGCACCCCCCCAGCAGCAACCCCCCCAACCCGCUGCUCAACCGCACCAUGGCCACGGCCGCUCUGGCCGCCAGCCCCGCGCCCGUCUCCAACCUGCAGGUACAGGUGCUCACCUCCCUGCGCAGGAACCUGGGCUUCUGGGGCCGCGGGGGCGCCGACGCCACCCCCAGCCCCCAGGAGGAGCACGCGCUGUGAGAUGGCGGCGGGGCGCCCGUGGGACCUCCCCCCGGGGAUCGGGGACACCCCCAAGGAUCAGGGACAGCCUUGGGUUCUGGGGACGCCCCGGGGAACAGCCGCCUCCCUGGGGUUGCCCCCUCCUCUGGGGAUGCGCUCCCUGCUCCGUGGUUGAUGCCAUCCCCGUGCCCCUGAAGUCAAUCCCCCCCCCUCCACCCCAGGAUCUGCUCCCCACCCCGGGUUUGGGGCCAUCCCGCUGCGGUGAGGUUCUGCUCUCCCUGGAUCAGGGCCCCCCUUUGGGAUCUGCCCCCUGGGGUUGGGGUCUCUCAGCCCUGCAGAGCUCUCCUGGGUUACAACGAGGACUUAUGGGAGUUCCUGGGGGGGGGCUGAGCCCCCCGGACACCCCUGACCCCCCUGGGUCCAGCAGUAGAGGCUGUGUCCAAGCCGAGGGGGGCCCACAGCCCUCCCAGGGCAUCAGGCAGAGGAAGGACGCUUGUCCUGUGUUGUCUGUCGCUAAUUCCUUCAGCAAUCAGGGCGCUGCUCUGCACCAACCCUGACCCCACCGCCUCCCUGCUCCGUUCCCCUCCAUGCCCUCCCACUGCUCUGGACCUGCCCUGGUGCCCCCCCACCUCCCCUCCCCGCCCCGGUGCUGGAUGAGACCCACAUCUGGACUGCAUGGCACGAAGUGUGCAGGCUGGGCUGGGGCGGGAGCGCAUGCGCCCCCCCUACUCACCAGGCCCCGCGGUGUGCAGCUAACACCCCUCCCCCCCCCCCAACUAACCCGUCCAUCUGUCCUUGCACGGUGU